AUGGCGCGUAAGAAGGAUGAUCACCUUGACGACUCCUGGAUUGUGAACGACGCUACCGACGAUGGUGAUAUCAGCUGGGCAGGAGAAGACACACCUUCUGAAGAUGAGAACGUCCAAACUGGGCACCAACAACCACUAAAGCAGACUCACUCAAAGCCUUAUGUUAGGCGAUCCCAAGAACUGAGCUUCAUAAUGCCGUCUAUUGAAGAUGUAACAGAUCGACCACGACAGCGAGUUUCACGAAAGCAGGAACAACGUUCUACUCCUGUCCGCGAUACCAAGUCUCGAACUCUCAGUGCGAGAAGCACACCCUCACGAAUCCGCAGUGCUCCUCAAGAUGACCCAACCCCCCCGGAAUUCACUAGCCGAGCCCUGGCGAUCGUCGGCAGCUUCUUCCUAGCUAUCUUUGAUAUCUUGAGUGAUGCCCUAAGACUAUUGAAGAAGCCGAUCAGUUGGAUUUUGGCUGGCUAUGCAGUCCUGGUCUUUUUCCAAUUCGCUCAGAACCUACUUACGAGCUCUGUUUAUAGUGCUCUUUCACCGAUAUGUCGGAUUCCUGGUACGGGGUUUCUCGACUUGCCAAUGUGUCGUCCGUACGGAGCGAAUCUACCGAAACUUGCAGCGGGUACCGCGGUCCCUGAACCUGAAUUUGAUACUCUCAUGCAAGUACAGGGUCAAUUCGAGUCGAUUAUGGAGGAUACCGCUUCGGGAGUAUCUCUACCAAUGGACAUGAAAAGAAGCGAAACUUCAAUACGAGACUUGAGACAAGUCAUCCGUUUCUCAGAGAUACCAAGUAAGCACGAGCUGCUACUGGAACUUGAUGGCUUUAUCGAGACUGCUCGCAUAGCAAGUUACGAUCUACAGAGAUUCAAUUCCCAUGUUGGACGUGGCGUCGAUAUUGUCCUCUCAACAGCUAGAUGGACCCAGCGUGUGCUCGACGAUAUGGACCAUGAGCAGGAGCAGAAGGAUCAACGAGGUAUACUGCCAUCCUUUAUUAGCGAUACAUUGCUCGCGCCCUUCAAGCCUAUCAAACUUACCCAUUCCCGACUCCUCGAUCAGUAUAUCCAGCACACCCAUAUCGUUUCGGGAGAGAUUGAGAAACUUCUUGAGGAAGCACAAACGCUCUAUGAUGUAUUACAGAACCUCGAAAACCGGCUGGAAACGAUCCACUCAAUCUCAAUACGCGACAAUAUUCAGGUACAAGGGACCAAGGACGAGAUAUUAGCGGACAUCUGGAGUUAUGUUGGAGGCAACCAGAAGAAGAAGAAGAAAGUGGACAGGCAGAUCGCGCUGCUUGCAGGAGUGUCGGAGUAUCGACGAUCCGCAUUUAAACAUGUGGCUGACACGAUCGUGAAGUUACAGAGCAUGGGUGCCGAGCUGGAAGAGCUUAGGAGUCGCGUCGGAAGUGCUGCUGCGCUCAAAGACGCAGGUGUCGAGCAUAUCCCACUGGCAGUUCAUGUCGACAAUAUCAAGCUUGGUGUUGAGAGGUUAGAGAUUGGACGACAGCGAGCUAAGGAAUUGGAACAUGAGCGAACCAGGAGGAUUUUGGACAGAGCUGAGGCUGACUAUUCGCAGAAAGAGCUCAAGUACACUGAUUGA